UUGAUAAAGGGAGGCUGUUUUUCUGAGGAGGGCUAAGGCGUAAUACCGGAAAACUGCAGAGUUAACAUUCGACUAACCAGUUCCAGGCUCCUAGGACAAAGCGGUACGACAGAGGCUCUCCUACACUAUGCUGCAUAUAAUUUCCCGACAUUUACAACCAGCCAAAUAACAGACUCUAAUUCAUCUAAGUCCUUCAUAAACCCUGCCUGGUUGUCUAUCAAUUCCCCCGAGGGUUCUACGUCAGACAACGUCAGAGCUGACUAAUGAUGCCAGUCGCAGGUUUCCGAAAUGAAUACCAUGGUAAUAUCUCCUGACUUCAGUAGUACGUUAAAACCUUCCAAGAGACCUUCAUACUUGGAAACAUUUUCUUCCAAUCUUUCUUCUGGGUGGAGACAGGCACUGUUUAGGGAACGCUUGUCCCAGCCAGGCCAUGAAUCCGGACCAUUUGAGAGAUCGGGGAGAUAGGGGAUCUAAAAAUCCUGACGAACUGUUCGAAAGGCUCCUUGCCCUAGAGCCAAGAGACGGUGAUCAACGUCUCUUGAUUGAGUAAUAUUGCAAAUUUUCCUCCCAGUUUUCCCGAACCCAGUUACCGUGGGAAUCCCACUUCCCGCCCUCUCUCCUUAAUUACUCCCAAUCUGUCUUCCUGUGUCUCGCGGGUGGGGGCGGGGUACUCGGGGAUGAUCGAAUAGGCCGGGCAAAUAUCAAAACCCCCCAAAAUCCCUAGGGCUUCCAAAAUGAAUCCCCCCUAAAAAAGUCCCUGGACCAAAAAUAAACACCAAGAAAAUCCCAUGCCAAAACAGAUGCAAUGUAAUGCGGCACCGUCUUUAAAUAUAUAACGAGCGUAAAACAAGUUUGGUUGUACACCUGGAAGCCAGAGUACUUUAAUCGCAGAACUACGCGGCCGGAUCACUACCAAGAAUCUUAAUUAUUCGUAUUGUUCUGAAUAUCCCCAAAAAUCCCUACUUAAAUCAAGCCACCCCAAAAAAUACUUGUCAAAUUUUCCUUCCAUAAAAAUACCGGAAACGAAAAUUUUAACACCCCCAAAAACCUUAGUUCAUCCCCUUCACUUGAAAUCUGGUGUAAGCCCCCCUUGGAGAGCUUGAAGUCCGCGUCGCUGAGGAAAUUUCAGGUGCGAGUUUUUUGUUUCGGAGACGGAGCUAGCUGUGGGGGAGUUUUUGCGAGAAUUGAAGAAACCACUGGGGAAGGAGGAUGGCUUGGGAAGGGUGGGUGCUUGUGGCCUGUAAUCUCCUUUGGCGGCCAUCUUGAAUAUGAAAAUCACGUGCUCAAACUGCGAAACAUAUUAUGGUCCAUAAGACUCAUUUCCAUUUUCCUUCUAUAUUCUUGCUCCAUUGUAAAGCUGAGUGAACUCGUUUCCCGCCGUUAGACUAACAUACAUUCUUCCGAACGUUUCCGUCGAUUACCUCCUCUAUAACAGAGAAACGUCCCUGACAUUUCCAGCUUAUUAAUGGUGGUAUAAGACUAUCAGUUCAUGUUAUGUGAAACAAAGUAUUUCGAGCGCAUGCGGUCACGACAGCCAACAGUCUCUUGGAAAUAGUGGUGGAUUUCAUGUUCAGUUGAGGUUUUGGUUUUACAGUGGAACGUUCGUAAGCUGGGAAAGUAAGCAGUUUGCAUGGUGAAAAUUAUGGCGGUUAUAACCCGUCGAAACAGUUAAAGCCGCCAUCUUUACGGCCAGCUCAGCAGUGCGAAGCGAAAGUUGUUACAGGACUUCGUGGAUCGUGGAUGGGCUCAAACAAGAAGUUUUCAUUCUGCUACACUUGAGAAAUCUCAUGCAAACGCUUAUAUUUUAGCUUAUUUGGUCUUUAUAAGACCUAUUUCCAGAAUCGUGAGGAGGAAUAUAUACAAGAACGACGCAAAAUGUUUUGGAAAUUCGACUUGCACCCUAGCUCUGCUAUAGAUACUAUGUUAACAAGAGAGGACUGCACUUUGAGCGAAAUAUUGGAUGAAGAUGACGUUCUGCAAGAGACGAAAUCACAAAAUAGAAAGUUGGUGGACUUUUUUAUUAGACCAGAGAUCUUAGAGGAACUAGUAAACCUAGUUCUACAACCACCAGAUGAAAGUAAAGAGGAAUGUCUCAAAUACAAACAUCCCAACAUGGCUUGUGAAGUGUUAACAGCAGACGUAUACGCAAUAAUUGACAAGCUAACAAACAAUGAGGAUCUACUCAACAAAAUUUGGUCAUUUAUGGAAUCUGAACCCCCCCUUAAUCCUCUGCUAGCAAGUUUUUUCAGUAAAGUUAUGGGCGUUCUUAUAAGUAGGAAAACAUCUUUGAUGUUAGAGUACUUAAAAAGUAAAGAAGAUUUUGUCAAUGCCAUUGUGAAACACCUUGGGACAUCUGCCGUCAUGGACUUACUCCUUCGGUUAAUUACCAGCGUGGAGUCUCCACAACUGCGGCAAGACUUACUUGAGGUAAAGCUCACUAUUUGUAAUUCCCUUGCUUUUAUUUUGACAUUGCACUUAAAUUUUGAACUGGGCUUUUGAGUGACCCAUUCAACUUAUGCUACUUUU